AUGAAGACGUGUCUCGAAGAUCUUUCCAACGAACUUUUAUACGAAUUAUUUGAUUAUUUCGAUAUUUGUUGCGUCUAUGAAACAUUCGCUUAUCUGAACAAGCGAUUUUAUCAACUGAUUCACUGUUCAAGUUUACCGAUCGCGUUCAAUUUCUCGUUGUUAUCGAAGAAAACGUUUCAACAUCGAUGUACUCAUAUAGUACGACCGAAUAAACAUCGUCUUGUUCAUCUUCGUUUACAAAAUCAUCUUCUCAUCGAGAAUUUCUUUACUAUUGUUCCAUUGGAUUCUACAUUUCUUCGACUAGAGACUUUAAUUUUAAACGACGUUCGAUCCGAUAAUCUCCAAACGGUUCUUCGAAGUCUCAUUUCAUUGCCGCGUCUAUCUUCGUUAACACUUUCAAUGGCUGAUGCAAUCAAAUCUCGAUAUUUCAUUUACUUAUCGAUCAUCACUCUACCAGUAUUGAAAUACUUCAAAUUACUUGCGGAUGUUUGGCCUUUAUAUUCUCACGUCUCGCUAAACAAUACUCAGAUCAGUCCACUUCGGUAUCUUGUUCUCCAAAGUGAAUGUGACUUAAACGAAUUAUUAGAACUGCUAAGCUUUACACCAGAACUAAGAUGUCUGUCAUGUAAACUGUCUAUAUCGAACAUUUUGUACGAAGAAGCCUUCUACGUGCCGGAGACAUUAACUCAUGUAUAUUUUCAGUUAGAAACAGCUUCUUUCGAUGAAUUUAAAUGGUUUAUAAGUCAUUUCGGUUAUCAACUUGAAGUUUUGUCUGUCUCGGUCAAAUCCGAUCAAGGAUUUUUCGAUGCAUAUUCUUGGCAAGAAUUGAUCUCAUCGCAAAUGCCUUGUCUACAGAAGUUCUAUUUCCAAUGUGUAAUAACAAUGAACGAAAAUUUCUACGAAUAUUCUAUGCGUGUCGAUGAAUUUGAUUCGUCCUUUUGGCGCGACAGGCAAUGGGUAUUUAAACAUGAAAUUUGCAUAAGUGAUGAGGAAAAUCCGUGGAUAAGACUUUAUUCAGUACAACCUUACAGAUGGCAUCAAUACAAUCUCUAUUUGAAUACAUUUCAAUACAAUUCAAUCGGUUUGAAUCUCGCUUCGGAAGUUAAUUUCUAUAACUACGAUCUGAUUGUCCCAAAUCUAAUUCAAUUUCCUCGGAUCACUCGUGUAAGUUUAUGUGAAGGUGAUGAAAAUGAAAUACAUUCAUUGAUUAUUCGACUUCCACGGUUAUUUCCUUCGGAGAAACUGACAGAACUGAUUAUUUCCGAUGAGAAUUUUCUUUUCGAACAUUUGCUCUCACUGUCGACUUGCUUUCCUAAUCUUCAAUCAUUGACGAUUCCAAAGAAUAUACUUUAUCUCUCAUCACCACAAUCUUCAACUAAUCAACUCACAAUUCCGCCAAACAAAAUUCUAAAAGUGACAAUUACCAAUCAAUGUAUGCUGGAUGAUAUUCAAAUCCUUCUUCGAUUUUGCCCAUUACUUCAAAGUCUAGAAAUUGAAGUUGAACAUGAUAAUCUCCACUCCAUCAUAUGCUAUCUUCUCUGGAAAUCGACGAAUCGAAUUCGACAGAAUCGUUUAUCAACAUCCGUACAAAUAAAAAAUCUUCACAUUUGGAAUAAAGAGUACAUUGAUUGUGUAUCUUGUUCAAAGGCACAACAUUCCAAUUCAUGGAUCUAUCCACUACCAUGCAAUCAUCAUCUUUCAUCAUUAUGCUGUCGAAAUGUUAACUACAAAACGAUUGUCAAGUUUCGAAAACUGAUCGACGAAGAAGCAUUACUGGACACAUAUUCAAUCGACUAUUUGGAUCAAAAAAUGUGCCUAUGGUGGUGA